AAACAUUUCCAAGAGAAAACAGAGCAGGUGGUUCCAGGAAGUCCUUUUUCGAGGAGGAGGCGAGGCUAUAGGGGGAGAGUCAGGGGUUGCCGUGACGUCAGGGAAAAGGAAGAGAAUACCGAAAGUAAUUGGCUUUUGGCGCUGCUGCAGAAGCGAGGUGUUAUCUGGGCCCGGGGAGAGCGAAGUUGGGCGACUGUCUCUGGCCAUGGACGCCGCAACGCUGGAGCAGGACGCGGUGAAGUUCGCACAGCUGGCGGUCCAGCGGGACCAGGGGGGUAGAUAUCGUGAAGCAGCAUUCUAUUACAAGGAAGCUGCACAAGCUUUGAUUUAUGCUGCAAUGGCAGGAUCAACCUUGGAAAGUAUUCCAGAGAAAAUAAGUGAAUAUUUGGAAAGAGUUCAAGCCCUAUACUCAGCAGUGCAAAAAGUUGACCCCUUGAAGUCAAAGCAGCAGUUGGACUUGGAGCGUGCCCGCUUCCUGGUUACCCAGGCUUUUGAUGAAGAUGAGAAAGGCAACAGGGAGGAAGCCAUAGAGCUGUACACAGAAGCCGUGGAACUCUGUUUGAAAACAGCCAAUGAAACUUCGGACACAGCUCUCCAAGAAAAACUGAAGCAGCUGGCUCGGCAGGCACUGGACAGAGCUGAGGCACUGAAAGACUCAAAGCCAUCUCAGAAAGACAAGCCUGUUCCAGUGAAACCAAAUCAGCCUGUGAGGACUUUCUUUCCACUGGGACCGGAUUUUUCCUUGAAUGAUAAGCCACAGACUGUCAGAGCUGUGCAUGCCAGUGAACCUCAAGGCCAGCGAUACACCGUAGAGGAGAUUCAGGUCCUCAGGAAGACAUCAAAGAUAAAUGGCGUUGAAUAUGUCCCUUUCAUGAGUGUUGACCUGAGAGAACGUUUUGCUUUUCCGGUACCUUUCUCAGAUAAAUGUGGCAAGCUGCCGUUGUCUCCCAAGCAAACGGCAAUGUUUUCUCGAUGGGUGCGGCCAGAUGAGAUAACUAACAAUCCCACCAUGAUCUACACAGUGUCAAGCUUCAGCAUAAAACAGACAAUUGUGUCCGAUUGCUCCUUCGUAGCUUCGCUAGCUAUCAGUGCGGCAUAUGAAAGGCGAUACAACAAGAAGCUGAUUACUAGCAUCAUUUAUCCACAGAAUAAGAAAGGACAGCCAGAAUAUAAUCCAUGUGGAAAAUACAUGGUUAAGUUGCACAUCAAUGGCGUCCCUCGGAAGGUGAUAAUUGAUGACCUGUUACCAGUAGAUCACAGUGGAGAACUUCUCUGCUCUUACUCAAACAACAAAAAUGAACUCUGGGUAUCGUUGAUAGAAAAAGCAUACAUGAAAGUUAUGGGAGGUUAUGAUUUUCCAGGAUCAAAUUCUAAUAUUGAUCUCCAUGCAUUGACUGGCUGGAUACCCGAAAGGAUUGCUAUGCACUCGGGCAAUCAAGCAUUUGACAAAGAUAGCUCAUUCAGAAUGCUUCACCAGAGAUUUCGCAAAGGGGAUGUGCUUAUUACAACAGCAACAGGAGUGAUGACUGAAGAGGAAGGAGAAAGAUGGGGUUUAGUACCAACCCAUGCCUAUGCUGUUUUGGAUAUUAGAGAAUACAAGGGGCUUCGAUUCCUCCAGCUGAAAAAUCCCUGGAGCCAUCUACGUUGGAAAGGAAGAUAUAGUGAAAACGAUGUGAAGAACUGGACCCCUGACCUUCAGAAAUACUUAAAUUUUGAUCCCAAAACAGCCCAGAAAAUAGACAACGGGAUUUUCUGGAUUGCCUGGGAAGAUCUGUGCAAAUAUUAUGAUGUUAUUUAUUUGAGCUGGAAUCCGAGUCUUUUUAAAGAAUCGACAUGUAUUCACAGUACCUGGGAUGCAAAACAGGGUCCUGUGAAAGAUGCUUACAGCCUAGCUAAUAAUCCGCAGUACAAACUGGAGGUUCAGUGCCCACAAGGUGGUGCUGCAGUGUGGGUUCUGCUUAGCAGACACAUUACGGACAAGGAUGACUUUGCUCACAACCGGGAGUUCAUCACAAUGGUGGUAUACAAGACAGACGGGAAAAAGGUUUACUAUCCUGCUGAUCCUCCACCAUAUAUUGAUGGGAUUCGAAUCAACAGUCCACACUAUUUAACCAAGAUAAAGCUGACUUCUCCAGGGACCCAUACAUUUACACUGGUGGUUUCUCAGUAUGAAAAGCAGAAUACAAUCCACUAUACACUCAGGGUUUAUUCAGUGUGCAAGUUUAACUUCUGUAAGAUCCCAACACCGUAUACCAUAUCCAAACGGGUGAAUGGGCAGUGGAAAGGUCAAAGUGCUGGUGGGUGUGGAAAUUUUAGAGAGACCUCCAAGAACAAUCCUAUUUACCAGUUCCAGUUGGACAAGGCCGGGCCACUCCUCACUGAGCUACGAGGACCAAGGCAAUACAGUGUUGGGUUUGAAGUCGUGACAGUCUCUACAGUAGGAGACCCAGGGCCAUCAGGCUUUCAGAAGAAAAAUAGUGGUGAUUACAGGUGUGGAUUUUGCUACCUGGAACUUGACUGUGUCCCUGCUGGCGUUUACAAUAUUAUUCCAAGCACUUUCCUCCCUCAGCAGGAAGGACCUUUUUUCUUGGACUUUAAUAGUGUCACCCCUCUUAAGACAUUACAGCUUCAAUGAGAUCACCUGCCAACAGUUUAGACUGUUUCACACUGGAGAGCAAUCAAACGAACCUAAUGCAGUGUUUACAUGGAAUGUGAAAGAUGAAUCUGAACGCUCUCAAGGGAAUCGCACCCCAGUAUUGGUCCUGACAGAUACAACGUUGAUAGUAACAAUCUCUUAAGGCACAGCGAGAACCAGUUCUCUUUUUAGCCUAUGCUAAUUCUUGAAGUGGCCAACGUGAGGGCAAACCAAGGAAACUGCUUGAAUUCAACCUUGUUUGUGUAAAACAGCAUUGCUUUUUGCAUGGUUUUGCUUGUAAGAACCUAGCAGUAUAUCUUUUUAUCAGGUUUUGGUUUUGAAAUAUCUGCCUCCUACCAACUUCUCUAAACCUUGAUUUUUCAAAAUAUAUGGUGAAGUAGCUCUA